AUGGCUAUUUUUAUUCUUCAUUCUGGUUUCAGUCUUGCAUUUUAUUGUAAAAAUGAUAUCAACACUGUUGAAGAAUGCAACAGUGAAGACAGUGAAGAUGAAAGUGAAACAUCAAGUGAUAGCGAAAAUGGCUGUGACAGUUAUGACUAUGCUAGAACAACCACAACUAGUACUAUACAGCAUCAUACUAGCAAGGUUGAAAUAAAAGAAGAGGUCAUUAGUGAUGAAGACAACAGUACACAUGAGAAAGACAAACGUAACAAUAUCGUUGAAGAAGAUGCCGGUGAUGAAGACAACGGUAGACAUGAGAAAGACAAACAUAACAAUAUCAUUGAUGAAGAUGCCGGUGAUGAAGACAACGGUAGACAUGAGAAAGACAAACAUAACAAUAACAUUGAUGAAGAUGCCGGUGAUGAAGACAACGGGACACAUGAGAAAGACAAACAUAACAAACUGGUCAACAUCAUUGAUGAAGAUGAGAGUGAUGAAUCUUCUUCACAUAGUAUCAGUAUAUUUGCAGAAUCUCCAAGCACUCUGAUUGAAAAGACUGUUCAAUCAGGUGAUAUAUCACCAGACACGGUGGGAACUUCAAGCCUUGAAACACCAGAUAAGGUUUCAUCAGCUAAAUCACCAAGCACAGAAGAGACCCCUGAAUCAAGUUAUAAUACAGUAGAUAUGAUGAAAAUUUCUAGAUCAGCAACUUUUUCUGAGGCAAGGCUGAAUACUGCAAUGCCACCUGAAAAUACUGAGCCAUCAUCCAAUGCUGCUAUCAUUUGUGGAUUUUGUAAAAAUGGGGAAGACAUCAAAAAGUAUGGAAAACUAAUUAUGCAUGAAAAAGAUAGUGCACAUUAUCUAUGUAUGUUCAAUUCUAGUGGUCUUGGAUUAGAAGUAUCUCCAUACAGUGAAAAGUUUGUUAACUUUGGAGAAGGUUUUGAUGCAAAUAAAGUUAGACAAGAAAUGAGGAGAGGAAGAAAAUUGUUCAAUUCUAGUGGUCUUGGAUUAGAAGUAUCUCCAUACAGUGAAAAGUUUGUUAACUUUGGAGAAGGUUUUGAUGCAAAUAAAGUUAGACAAGAAAUGAGGAGAGGAAGAAAAUUGAGAUGCAGAUAUAAAGAAUGUGGGAAAACAGGUGCUACAGUUGGAUGUGAAGUAAAACAUUGUAAAGCUACAUAUCAUUAUCAUUGUGCUAAAUUGGAUAAUGGUCAUUAUAAAUUUAUUCGUGAUGCCCCAAAUCUACAAUACAGAAGGACAUUGUUUUGUAAGAACCAUUGCUGUGAAAGUGAAGAUGAAAGUGAACUAGACAGUUCUAUGUCAUUAAGUCAACACUCCCUUACACAGCAACAGGAACAUGUGCCUUGGGAACAAAGUUACAAACAGCAAUAUGAUGAGCCACAACUGCUGAACUGUGAUCCGCUACCAGAUCAGGGGUCACUACUACCUGACCAUGGCUCACAACUAACUGAAUAUGAGUCAGAUCUAAAACAGCUCAAAUCACAACUACCAGACGAUGAGAUUCUACUGAACAAUAAGGCACAAUCAAAAGACUCUGUGCCACAACUGUCAGACCAUCACCUACAUUUACUGACCACGAAUCAAAUUUACCAGACCAUGAGCCACAACUAUCAGACAAUGCCCUACAAUCACUGGACGAUGAAUCAGAACUACGAGACAAUGAGCUGCAACUAA